GUGAUUAUUUAAACAUUCCCAGCCGCUGGGAAUUAUUUACAGUUAGAAAGGAUAACUGAAAUUGACGAUCUCGAAGGAUGGAAGGAGCGAGAGGUUUGUGGGUCGAGGGUAGAAAAAUGCGAAUAUCCGGGCCCGUAGUUCGGGAAGCUGCUCGUAAAACGGAAACGUUCGCGGCCGUUUCACUGGUCGAGCCAGCAACGGAUUUCAUGGUGCGACGAUGAACAAGAAACGAGAAGAAUCGACGGGUUUCUGUGUCAGGAAAGCGCAAAAAUCUUAGAACGACCGAGACUCCCUCCUUGAACUCCGUUCAAUCGGUGAUUUAUCGAGCAUGAACGACGUCGUGCUCCUGUUACUUUUUCCGCGUGUCCUUAAUCGAUGGAUCCACUGCGUCUACGAAAUUCGCGGCAACAUCGUCUGUGAUAUCAUCAAGGAAAAUCUGAAUACGAGCGAAACGGCUGACUGAUGUGAAUUUAAUAUCCACGCUCUGUCGAUUAGACCGUGGAUUUUAAUGCAAAGUUGAACGUGUAUCGAUGCAUAAAAUCUGACGGUAAUUGUACGAUUCAAGAAAAUGAUGAAUACGAUCGAGAACGUGUCGGAAUGGAAGGAUUUUUCAUUGCCUCGUCGAGAGAAUGAGCUGGCAUUCCGAAUCGUAACCAGAAAAAGCAGCGUGCAAACGAGCCGCUGAUUGUCCACGCCGGUGGCAAUUAGCGCGUGACGAGACCUGGACUUCUUCAGGUUCGUCUACGCCUCGAAACUUCUUCCGGGCGUUCUGACAAAAAUCGUCACGCUGACUUUUUGCAAAUUAAAAUAUUUGGAAAGGACACGUGUCUAUAAUUCAGAGAAAAUUCUGAAUUAUUAGAAGCAUUCGAAUAAUAGUUUAUUUAUUGCUGUUGGAAGAAGCGACGAGCCUCUGUGAAGGCGGCUCGGCACGAGGAACAAUAGAAAAACUAAGAGUAGCACGAGAUCAAGAUCUGUGUCAAUCUGCUGGCCGAAUCCUCGCGGCUGAUCCCAGCUGACAAUUAUCACCGGUCGGGGAACAGAAAUAGAGGAGCGAAGCCGCGGGGGCCGCCCCGUUCUCCAAGAGUACGCGGCAACGGUAGACGCGUUGCAUCGCCGUGGAGCGAGACGCAAAAUGGACCAGGUCCCCAGGAAGUGGGGACCUGGAUUAAAAGCAAACGAGGGCAACGUCUCGGCGACAGAGCUAUCUCGGACCUUGAACAGAGUGGAGGUCGUCGCGCGUUUCAGCUAUUCUCUCGGUUCACGUUGCUCGGUACUCGCGGUUUCCUAACGGGUUCCUGGCUGCCCUUGGUUCCAGCUCAUCCUACCGUCGCUGGUUGGCUCACGAUCGAAAGUCGACGCCAGGCCAAGGGAAGCUGGACGAAGAUCCACGAUGGCGGCGAGAGGAGCGAUCAUUCUAUUCUCGGUAACGUUGGUCCUGAGGGGCACCCAGUGCGACACGCGGUACUUCGUGAAGAUGAAGACGAACGCGUCGGAUCUGUUCAAGACGAGAGGAGAGAACUCGAGGGUACUCGACGAACCGAUCGCCGUUACUCGAAGUCCAUUGGAAGUAAUAGCUGGGUUUCAGAGCGACGGCCAGAGGAUGAUCGACGAUUUCCCGAGGACCGAGGAGGACAGAAACGGGUUCGAAACGUCCACGUUUAAUCCGGACGUGUUGAAUAAAUUCCUGGAAGAGUACGCGAAUAAGAUCAAGGGUAGUACGGAAAAAUAUCAUAGGUUCCCGUUCAGGGGCGUGAAACCCACCGAGCCUCUGACCCUCGAGGUGGACGAUCAAACCACGCAGUCGACCAAUUACGAGCAGACCGUCAGCGAACCAGUCAAUUCGACCACCGAGAAUAGCUUGAGCGAGACUUUGAACGACACGUUGAAGAGGAACAAGUACUAUGGCGCGAAUUCGCACGAAGAUAGAAACGGUUGGGUCACUUUGGAAGCGAUCCCGUGGUCGAAGAGCAAGAUCUCAAAAUGGCAAGCAACGCCCACUACUCAGCGACCGUGGCCGGACACGAAGCCCUGGGACAAGCCGACGAUUGGGAAACCUUGGGCCUCCGAUUAUUCAAUCAGACCGAUUUACGAGAAUAAUAAGCCAUGGUAUGAUAAACCGAAGCCGACCUGGCCGGAAGUGAGCAAUGACAAACCGUGGCAGAAGCCAAAUCGGCCUUCUUAUUAUACCGAAAAACCCGAAGAGACUCAGGCGCAAAAGUGGCCACCGGAGAGGCCUUCUUGGAACAAAUAUUCAGACCGUCCCGGAAGUGAAAUAAUCACUGAUAAUCGACCGGCGAACUUCCCCAAUAAUAAUUGGAACAGGCCUCUACCGACGAAACCGAGCUACCAGUACCUGGACAAGUACGACAAGAAUCAAGGAGGGGAGAGUAACGACUGGCAUGAUUUUCCAUCGAGAUUCGAGGACCGACUUUCCACCGACAGGCCAGGAUUCUCGCAGUAUCAAUACGUGAACAAUCACCCUCAGAGCUAUCCCGGGAACGGGGACGGUCAAUGGGUGCUCCUCUCUACGAACAGAGGCUAUUCAAAAAACAGGCAGAGGUCCAUCAAAUUAGACUCGAUCGAUAAUUCUACUAAGAGUGUUACCAAAAAGGCAGAAGAACCGGAUCCGGCUGUUGCCGUGAUGACCUCGAAGAGACAGGUCAGAUUGACGGUGUUACCGUCGAUCAACGGCACGAACACGACCACGUCGCACGGAGGCCUCUUGGAAGUGGAGAAGACGUUCAAGAGCGUCGAUCAGAGCCGGAAGGAGUACGAGAUGGAAAAGCAAACUCUGAUUCCAGCGAUUUUAAAGAAGAGGCCUAUCAGGAACACGUUAGGCAAUCAUCCAUCUAACUCCGCCGUUCUGGCCGCCGUUGGUGCUGGAAUUCUACCAGCGACAAUGGCAAUGAUGAUACCGAUGAUUCUCGGCCGACGAAGGCGCGAUCUAACGAACUCAGGAAUGGGACGUCCCGACCAUAAUCUGAUAACGAGUAAUAUUAUCUCUGCGAACGAGUAUCGAACUCAUGAAACGAGACUAAGAUAGGAGUAAUUAGAGGAAUAAGAAAUCUUUGACGAAUAUAAAUUAGUAUAAAAUAAUGACGAAAGAUAUAAAUCGUAAACGCGAGAAUUUAGAAGCAGCAUAGAAAUUGAAACUAGAAUACUUAGAAAGAGAAAUUUGAUAAGAUACGUUUUAAACAUUUAAGAGUUUCUAUUUUCUACAGGCAUCGAUCAGACUCGUUUCCAAAUGGAUUAUACUUACGCACGUGUCAGGACGUUACAAAAACAUUUUAUUUAUUAUUUAUUUAUUUAUUUAUACAUUUAUAAUAACGUUACAUUUCAUCGUUCGCUUAAAUACUUAAUAAAAUGCAUAAGUACUAACGAAAAAUAUCAUCGAAAGAGCCGCGUUCCGAAUAUAGAAUUUUUCGCUGAAAUUUUUCAAAACCCUUUUAGUUCCCCCAUCGCCGGACCCCGUCGAAAAUGGUUUCGAAAAAAACGUUUAAAUGAAAUGCGCUCGUGCAUUCCACGCGAGAAAUCCUAUCCUUUAAAGCUUGUGCAUCUGAUUCAAAUAAAAUCUCCGCCUGCCUUCCUCGUCCUAACGUUGUUAAUAAAUUAACAAGAAUAUGAAUUAACAAUUUCUAAGGAUUAGAAUCGUGAAAGGUAUGAAUCAUUUGCUUUCUGAUCAGAGUAUCGUGCAGGACGAUUAGUCUGUCUCUGUAUACUAAAAUAUCUUCUUUCUAAUGACGAAAUAAAAAAAGAAAAUACAAAUUCACGAAUUUUAACGAUCUGAUAAAUGAAUAAAUAAGCACGAAGAUAUUUCAGUAUACAUGAAGAGACGUUUAAAUUCUCAGUCCUCGUGACGUUCACACAUGAGAUUUUUCAACCAAAGAAACGGUACAGA